GGCAGACGGCAGACGGCAGACGUAGGCGCACGCCGGCGACGCCAACACAGCACCGCGCCGCGACGCACCACGCCCAGCAGCCGCUGGAUGGAGUCGUGAGGAUGCCAGCAGACAAGAUGUUCCCCGGGCUGGUGCUGCCGCCAAAGGCCCUGGAAGCCGACGGUGACAUCGCGGUGGGCAAGGCGGCCGUGGCUAAGCACGCGCCUCUGGCCGCCUGCGAGGACGACGACACCGGGAAGGUGUGCAGCGCGCUGCCCCCACCGCCCCCACAGCCGCCGCCCCCGCAGUUGCCGCCAGAGUGGCAGCGCCGCGCCCAGGAGGAACUCAACGAGCGCCCAGACACCUUACGCCAGGACAUAGACACCUUCCGGAGCAUGGUCGUCGCUGAAAAAAAUCUCCACGUUCGCACAGACGACGACUUCCUACUGAGGUUCCUGAGGGCCAGGAAGUUUAACUGCGCCAAGGCCUUCCACAUGUUGCAGCGGUACUACGUGAUGAAGCUGCGCUGCCCGGAGCUGUUCCGCGUGCCGCGGCCCUCAGAGAAGAGGCACAUCCUCGAGAUGCAGGUGCAGAACAUGCUGGACGACCGCGACGGCUACGGCCGCAGGGUCUACAUCUUCAGGGUCGAGCGAUGCGACGCAGCACAGGUGAGCAUAGAGGACAUCUUCCGCACGAACGUGCUGGCUUUGGAGCAGAUCGUCCAGGAGCCAGAGACACAGGUGGCCGGCCUCACCGUGCUGGUCGAUAUGAACAGCUUCGGCCUGCAGCACGCCAAGUUCCUCUCGCCCUACUACGCACGGCGCACUGUCGAGGUCAUACAGGAAACAUUUCCACUACGUUUCAAAGGAUUCCAUGUCAUAAACCAGCCAUUCUACUUUGAUGCAGUAUUUGCAGUUCUGAAACCUUUCCUCAAAGACAAGAUACGGAGAAGGAUUUACUUGCAUGGACGCGAUCUAAAUUCACUCCAUGCUUUCAUUAGUCCUGAUAUCCUGCCACAAGAAUAUGGUGGUCAAAAACCACCAUUUGAUAAUCAAGCAUGGAGAAUGAAGCUAUUGGCAAAUGAAGAUAAGUUUGUUGAAUUGGAGACUUACGGUUACAAGGUGGAUGAAUUACCGGUACCUGAAGAGAAUGAUUUUGACAGUUAAUGAUGCAUGCCUACUAGUUAUUUUAAAUAAAGAUUUGUUGUUUACAAAACAGGAGCUGCACUUUGCUUUUGUACCAUAUAGUGCUAUGCCUGUAUGGUUUUUGCAUGUACAGUAAAUACCAUUCUCACUGCAGGUAUAAACACCACAAGUGUGUAUAUUUUAUUCUGUACUGUAAAAGAAUGAACACUAUAUCUAAUAAUUCCCAGUGGCAUAGUAUUGUGAUGGCUGAGUAUAGUCUUCAUUCUGACCAAUAAACUAUUAGUCGUAUGUGCCAUAAAAAGUACUAGAAAGUGAACACAAAGUGAGGAUGCAGUGGUGGAAUGAAAAUUAUGUAAAACGGUUUUUUUUACUAAUGAUUAAAGGAAUGGACAACAUUUCUGCAAGUAUUUUUUUAACUCAGAAAAGAGGACAACAAAAGAUAAGCCAGAAAAAAGAUAAACUCAUAUUUAAAAAGAAAUUCCUGUUGGGCAGAAAAGGAAGUCAAAGAUUAGGGAAUGUGCUAUAUUUAAAGCCCACAAAGUUACCUUCCUGUUAAAAUAUCUUCAUGUGUUGCUUUUAUUGAUCACCUUUUAUUUCUACUUCUUUAAAACAUCUCUCAGUUAUAAGUGUCUUCUCCCUUUUAUUACACCUUCUAUGUUUUUUUCACUUCUCUUCCACUCCCAUUUACUGGCAAAAAACCCAAAAGUUGUAACAUUUAUUUUGUCUAGUACAAGUGUUGUCUGUACUUCCAUGUGUUUAUUCCCAUUGAUCAGUAGCUUCUUUUCUUUAUUUCUACUUUUUUUUUCAACUCCUAAAAAUAUUUAUUACAAUCUAGUUAGAGUCAAGGGAUAUUUUAGAGAAAUUUGUUUUUUCAAAUCCUAAGGUUCAUAUGUCCAUAACUUACCAUUAUAUCAGAGAAAUUAUAUGGAAACAAGUGCCAUAUUUGGUAAUCUAGUUUACCAGUCCUAUGUUACACAGAAAUGUAAUUGUCAAUUUAUUUCUGCAAAACUUCAACAUUAAGAAAUUUAAGUUGAUAAAGAUCAAACAAUGAAAACACCAGGAUGAAAUAUCAACAAUGUAAGGAAAAUUAUAGAUUGCUUCUCACUCACUAUAAAGAUGACACAUUGAGUUGCAGACAGGCGGAUGAAAAGACUGUUAUAUGUGUAGCUUUCGGCCAAUGCCUUCUGUAGAAAAGGAGACACACAAACAUUCACUCACAUCAGCAAGCACACCUCACCACACAUGACAACCAUCUCUGGCAGUUGGAUCAGAGCUGCUGCAGACGGUGGUCAUGUGUGUGAGGUAUGCUUACUUGUAUAUUUUCUUUUCUGGAGAAGGCUCUGGCCAAAAGCUAAAUGUAUAACUGUCUGUUUGUUGUGACUGUCUGCAACUCAAGUUAAUGAAAGUCUUAUUUAUUGUCAAAACCUGACAGAAAUCACAAAACAUUAAUUUCAGACCUUGCAUUUAUGGAUGACUGGUAACUACAUUUUAUUGUUUUACAAAACUUGAUGAUUACAAAUGUUCUGACUAGUUGUACUACAAAGCCAAAGAAAAUGGGUAUGCAUUUGUUCCCAUGACCUAAAAGGAAUAUGAAUAUUUGUACUCAUUAUACUGUGUUGGAAAGACACAUAGACCAAUUGGACCUUUUGAGCCACCAGUGCAGUUCUUUAUACAGCAUUUCCUCAUCAGCAUUCCUUUAACCACAAACAGAGAAUUACAUGCUACAAUUCACAGAGAUAUAAAAUCCAUUUAAUAUAAGCAGCUUAUGGUUUACUGCAUCUUUUUUGAGAUGAGAAAUAUGAGUUCUUUUAUCUAUCUGUUGUUUAUUCGCUGUUAGGUAACUGCAGCCAACAAGAAAACUAAAAUUACAGUUCUCUUCCUCAAACAGAAUGUUAUUCCUACACUUAUUUUCAACUCGAAAUUGUAUUAAAAUUUACAAAAAAUAUUAUUUCAUAUUAACCUUUGUUAAUCAGUGAACUAUAAGUAUCACUCCUCAUUAAUGUGUAACAUGAGGUACAAAAAAAAUCUCCAUCAUAUAGCAGAGUAUAUGUUGUACUAAUAUCUGUAAGUAGUCUCCUAUAUAAGCUUGAAUAAUAGCUCUUCCAUUUGUGUGUUAUAUUCAUCUAGUUGGUGGUUUUUGUUCUCAGUGUGCUAUUAAAAUGUGCUUGCAUUUCCUAAAUCAAAUAAAUAUAAAAUAUAUGUGGUAAUAAUUGAUAUACAUGUAACUUUAACAGAAUAGCUGUCCAAGCUAUAUACAGUGACACUACAGUAUUUUUGGACUUGUUAUUUUUACUCUGUGUGUAUUUAUAAUAUGUAUAUAAAUGCUGUAUAUUGUAAUUUAGGUUAAAGUGAUGGGUGCUGGAUUAAGAAAGCAACUCACUUUUAUAAUAUAUGACUGCAUCAAUGCUUACUGUGAGCUUGUGAAAUGCUUAGCAUAUGACAGCUAUUGUUUAUAUUUGUAGGAAGUUAAAUAGCAAUGUCUCACAACAAACUCAUCUAACUGAUAAAUGGAUGAAGAGCUGUGAGUCAAACAUUCCUAGUUAAUAUUCUCAAGUGCUUUGGAAUGUCAAAUGUCUGUGAUGCAACUGUGGUAUUGACCACAAAUUUCUAUGUAAAAUAUUUACUCACUUAAGUGUAUGUGAUAACUACAUAUGAAAGCAUGGUUUCAGCAUUGAUAUAACGCACAUAACAUAUAACCAAUACUGUGUUUCAAACUCUUGUCAGUAACAUUAGUCUCUGUCUUCUAGAAAGAUCUUAACACGUCUUUCUCCUGCUGACUCGCUUACUUUUUAUACUUCAUAUGAGUAUUCACAAUACUUUCAUUCAUUCUAUGAGACUCCGAUACAUGUAACCUUCCGUUGCAGUUGGUUUUAUAAGCUAACAAUAUUAUUUUUGUAU